UGAGCCGGAGCUGCUAACAUCCUCCCCCCAAAAAAUGGCUCAAUGCUGAAGUAUCUUCUUUAUUUAUUAUAAAUUUUAUCUUGUAUUUAUUUAUUCCUGUCAUGGCUGCUGCUCGGUGCGGCUGUCUCUGUGUGCCUUUGCCGCUCGUCCUCCUGCUGCUGCUGCUGCGGUGGCCGGGGCUGCGUGUCGCCGCGGAACAGGUCGCUCUGGUUGAGGUUCUGUUGGAGCAGCGGCCCGGUGUCAGCGCCCUGCUCCAGGGGGAGGUGAUGGAGCCCGACGGGGGCUCCGAGUACCGGGACGAGGUGGGAGAGGAGCUGGAGGGAGACCUGGUUCUGGUUCAGGACGAGCAGACACAGGUCGUCAGGGGACUUGAUGAGGAGAGCAACAAGAACCAGGAGCCGUGGAUCGGCGUGGUGCCCGUGGAGAUGGAUGACAGCAAAGCCUCCACUGGAAACCAGGAGUCCUUUGCUGAUGCAAUGGUCAAUAAAAUGAAGCGAGCCUUGGUGCUCGGAGCUUCGGCGCUGAUCAUUCUGGCACUCAACCGAAACACCGUCAGUGAGAUGGAUUUGUCUCAGGUUCUGUCCAAGCCCAUUAUUGUGAUCCAGACAUCAGAAAAUGUCACCAAGCUGAUUGGAGCUUUGCUCAGGGGCCUGCAGGCCACCGCCAGAAUCACAUACAGAACCAUCCUGCAUGACGACCUGGGAGCCACGCUCACGCUCUGGUCCAGCUGCGGGCGAUCCAGAGGCGGCCGAUACGGGGAGUGGCAGGGGGUCAUCUGCACGGGGGAGAGCAACUCGCAGGUCCAGAAGUACCUGCAGCAGCUGUGGGACACCGUCCUCCUGGUGGCGCUCAUCCUCUGCACGGGAGUCAUCGUUCAGGCCCGCUGGCAGUACCACGACCAACAGCUCAACGACAACCUGGAGCUCCUUCCUAAACAGGACGUCCUGAAGACGAUGUCCUCCCUGAAGAUCAGGACGUACCGCCAGCCCAAACCCUGGUGCGACUCCACACAGCCACUGGAGACCGACAACUGCGCCGUGUGUCUGGAGCCGUUCAACAACAACCAAUGUCUGCGUGUGCUGCCGUGUCUCCACGAGUACCACCGAGACUGUGUGGACCCCUGGCUGCUGCUGCAGCACACCUGCCCGCUGUGUAAACGCAGCAUCUUCAGUAGCGUCUGUAAAGACAGUUAACAGCCAUUUCUCCUCCAACUUCUGGGAAUCAAGUCUCAGCCGUGUUAACACGCUAGUAGCUUUUUUUUUUUUUUUUUUUUUUUUUAACUGACCUCAAACACUUCCGGUUUUCAGCAGUGAAUUGUGGGAACAAGCAUACAUCUGUUACAGUAGUUUUAAGGUGUUUUUCAGUCUCACGGUUGUCUCCGUAGGAGUAGGACAAGUCCUCAGUAGGCGGGAAUAUUUUGUGAGACACAGGGUGGAACGGAUUCAUAAAGAAAAGAAAAGGUACAAGAGGUAUUUGCAAACUGGGGACGGACUCUUUUCCAAAGGGGAUUCGAAGACGUAACAUUGUACAAAAGCUUCCUUGAGACUAAUAAACAGCCCGGCGUUCAGGACUGUGGAGCAGCCGGGUGGUCUCCACAACACUCUGAAGCCCUCCGGUACUGCUGUGGGCGAACAGCACCUCUUCCUGGGAUCUUGCUACGAUACAACAGUGGAAACAUUUGUCUGUGAAGCAGUGAAAAUAUGACUUUUUUUGUUUUGUGUGUGUGUGUGUGUGUGUGUGUGUGUGUGUGUGUGUGUGUGUGUGUGUGAGAAACAACAAAUCGACGACCUCAGCUGGUAUUUAUUGAGUCAGCGCCCUGUGCAGAACCAAUCAGUGUUUCCCGGACUGAAGCAUGGACAUGUUGACCGCCUGUUUAACGUCCCCGAGCCGCCACCUUCAGGUCAAACCAGGUCAGCAGACGAACCUCGGCCCUCAGCCACUUAUUAGUUUAGCUGUGGAGAUUCUGUAGAUGAAGUUGUGGAGUCGGUGUGUACCAGUGGACAAUACGUGGUGAUUGGUGUGUGCGAGUGUAUCCCGAGCAGAGAAGCCCCAAAACACAAAAAUACGUCUUGAUUUUCAGAGCUUGAGGUUUGUCAAAGGAGAAAACAAGUGAGGAAAUGGAUUUAUGUGAAAGUUUAUUCCCCAAAUUUGGAUUUUUUUUUGCUCAAUUUGUUCAUUUGAAGUCAAAAUUUUACCUCCAUUUUCAACAUUUGGACUUUAUCCUUCAAAAUAUUUUAUCUAUUUUCUCAGUUUCAAUUUGAUUUUCAAACUUCUUCACUUUGUUUUCAGCUUUAGUGCAUUACUCUUGAAAUUUUGGCUUUUUCUCUACAUUUUGACUCAGUUACUGCACUUUGUUUGCUCAGACUCAGCUGGAAACAUUUCUCUUACUUGUCCAAAUAAUGAUUAGUUUCAACCUGUUUCUUAAAACUAUUUUACUCCAAAUAUUUUGACUUUGUUGUUAAACUCCAUUGUUCACUGACUGUUAAAGCUUAAAAAUUCUUUACUUUAUUCUCAACCUUUCAGCUGUUUUUCAUAUUAUGACCUUUUUUAACCCAAUUUUAACUUUAUUUAUAAACUUUUGACCCAACCUGAGUAUGUCAGUUCCUCAGUUCCUAAAGAUUUUGCCAUCAAAAUAACAAGUUUUAACAAAAUUUCUUCUUCAUUCUCAUGAUUACUACUCAGAAAAGUCUGAAAAUGUGGCUUCAUGCUCAGAUUUUCUGAAGCUGUUUGUCUUCUUUUCUGUCGUUUUUACUCCUGUGGACUUCAUUUUGGUUGAACAGGUAGUUUGAAGAUGUUGAGGAGGCUCCUCUGAUGGAUUUCCAUCCAUUCCUUCUGCUUCUGUUUUUUUCCCCAUCCUUCCGGCAAGUUCUCUAAAUCCAAGCAGCUCUGGUGAAACCUGUUUUCCUCCGCGUCUUCCUCGUCUCUUCCUGCUGGCCGUGUCCUCUUGGAUUUCAUGUCCAAGUUGUGCACGCUGUCACAGCUGCUGCAUGCUAAAGGGAAAUGUUACACCAUGACUCUGAAUGACCGUGACAGGGAGAGAAGAGAUGGUGUACUUAUUGUACAAUAAAAUGUGC